AUGGCUGCGCUUGCAGUUGCCUUCCCCCAAGGUACCCCAACCCCAACCCGUGAUACCACCUCCACCAUCGACACCGACUCCACCGCAAGCGGAAGUGGUGCGAUCACCAACCCCAUCCCUCCCAUCUCCAUCUCCAACAACCAACGCGCCAUCUGCAAAGGCGGGUUGAGCUUCGACACCUGGGCAGCCUUUGACAGAGCCGACGACAGGCAAAUCAACGACCCCGAAGCCAUCGUCCGCAUCGAGGGCGGGUUCUGGUGGUCGUUCAGCUGGCAGGGGGUGAUGUGGUGCAUGUACAAUGAGAACCACUGGGCUGUGGAUGUGCGUCGGUGGGAGCAGGGUCGGGGUAUAAGAGCUGUACUCGAGAGGUGCUGCCCUGAGCCUACGUGUGCUGGAGGGUACGAAACCAUAUACAGCACUGGUGGAGACCUCGUCUUAUUGGCGUUGAGGUCUGCCUCCGAGGGUUGCUGA